AUGGCCAACUAUUACUCGAGGCCCCAUGGUGGCCAGCUUCCACUCACGCCUCCAGAUUCGGGAUCUGGCUAUGCCUUCCGCUCGAUGCCGUAUCCUCACGAUCCAUAUGCCUCUCAGACGACACGCCACGAUGUUGCAUACGAGUACCAGACGGGAUUCAUGCCACAAGUGAUUGCCCCAGCGUCGGCGACUUACCCAUAUCAACAGAGCAACUAUUCGUGCACCAGCCUUCCGCCCAUUCAGAGCAGCUACUACGACCACACUGCACAGACUCUGCCUCCCAUGAGGAGCAGUGAGCGUGCCGUCUCUGCGGAAUCCUAUCAGCGACCCACCCAGUCGGAGCAGAGCACUGCGACCACGCGCGAUCAACAGCGUCCAGCCGCGAAGGAAGAGAAGGCUACUGGCGGUGUUUCUGCCAAGCUGGACUACGAGAUGGACCGCAUGACCGACUUCGUCACCGAAGCUGCUCAAUCCAUGUAUGCCCUCCAUCUUUCCCCAAUCUGCAUUGCAGAUAUUGACGUAACCCGAAGUUUCCAGCAUCAGAUGCAGAGCCAUCCGUCGUUCCGAAAAUGGGUUCACCAGGUCUUGUCGGCAACCCGUUUACCAUCCGCAACGAUCUUGCUCAGUUUGCACUACCUCAACGACAGGCUUGCGAAGCACCCAGGAUCGAUUCAGAGCGGCGAGAAUCAGAUUUACCGGCUGCUCGCCGUCGCCCUUGUUCUCGGCAGUAAAUUUCUAGAUGAUAACACCUUCAUCAACCGAUCAUGGUCUGAUGUCACCGCCAUCAAAGUUUCAGAACUCAACCUCCUCGAGAUGAAAUGGCUUGCGCUUAUCCAAUAUCGUCUCCACAUUGAGCCGGACUGUCUCAAGGCCUGGAUUGACUCGUGGCACAAAUACGAUUCUGAAUAUGCUUCCAAGCAUCAGCCAAUUCGCCUGGCACCGCUCGACACUAACUUACACCGUCAAAACCGACACGCGGAUCGCUACUCGCCUUACCCAACUCCACUGACCGCUUCGUCGAAUGCGUUCGAGGUCAUGUCCAUGCCCGCGCGUUCCAUGCCAUACCUGACACCGUAUUCGGCGGUCGACCCUUGGUCCUCAUCUCGAGGCCUAGACGGGAUGUACAAAUCUCAGCAGCACUAUCAAUUCCAGAGUUACGACCCAGUAACCGAUGCAGCACGCCGAGCUUCCGAGGAACAUGCUCGACAGGUCGCCUAUGCCUAUCCGCAGAGCGCACACCCUUCGUACUAUCCUGCAUUGUCUUCGUACGGCAACGUUUGGGACCAACGAGGCUGGACGAACAACACUCAUCGCUUCGACUGCUCCUGCUCCACUUGUGCAUAUCAAGCUCACUACCGGCCAUACACCAUGACUUCUGGCUACAACGCCACCCAGUCAGUCAUGGGAUAA